AUGACUAAGGUGCUGCUGCCCUCCAGUGGCCACAUGAAAGGACGACCCCAGACCAAAAUGCUCAUUAAAGAAUCCAACCAGAUACAGACAAGGCAGCUAUCCCACCAGGAGUCUGAUGUCCGGGGAGGAGUUUGCCUUGGGACCCACAAAACUUUUGCGUGUGUGCGUUUCGACGCCACGCCUCUGCCUCCGUGCGUUUUCCUCCGCGCGUUGAUUUCAUACCAAACUCAUACUUUGCAUUCCGCCUUUUUCUGUCAAACGCAGCUGUUUUGCCCUGGAAAUACUCCCGAAUCACGAGGCUACUUUUCUACAGAAAAAAGGGGCACACAACAAAAAAGCGUGUGCCUGUACGAGCGGGGCAGGAGAGCCGUUGUGAGGUGUGUUGUAGCUGGAGCCGUCAUCAUUGCGUCGGAGUGGAGUUGCCGUGGCAGCCCUGAUGGGGCGCAGGAGGAGGGUCCCAGUCCCAAUGGAGAGGCACUGGGAGACGGGGCGGACCGCGGAUUGGACGGGGAUCCUGAAGGGGUGUGGAGCCCAGACAUUGAGCAGAGCUUUCAGGAAGCUUUGGCCAUCUACCCUCCUUGUGGAAGGAGGAAGAUCAUACUGUCAGAUGAGGGGAAGAUGUAUGGUCGAAAUGAGCUGAUAGCUCGCUAUAUCAAGCUGCGAACGGGGAAGACACGCACACGCAAACAGGUGUCUAGUCAUAUUCAGGUUUUGGCACGUAAGAGGGUACGAGAAUACCAGGCAAGCAUCAAGGUCUCUAGUCACCUGCAAGUCUUGGCCAAGAGAAAGUCUCGUGAGAUUCAGUCUAAGCUGAAGGACCAGGUCUCGAAGGACAAGGCGCUGCAGACGGUGGCCAAUCUCUCAUCAGCUCAGAUCGUCUCUGCGAGUGUAAUGAAACCCCAGACUCCCUUUCCUCCACCAGUCAGAUUUUGGCCCGGCCCUAUGCCAGGACAGCCUGGGCAUUCUCAGGACAUCAAGCCCUUUGCACAGCCGCCAUACACUACACUCCCAGCCCCCGUCCCUGCACCUAUCAGUUAUGAGGCCUUGCCACCCCCUCGACCUGCAGCUAUAGCAGCUCCUGUAUGGCAAGACAGAACCAUUGCCUCUGCAAAACUACGGCUCCUGGAGUACUCUGCUUUCAUGGAGACUCAACGAGACAGAGAGACGCAUAAACAUCUGUUCGUGCACAUUGGCCCAUCAAACCCUGGCUACAGUGACCCAGUGUUGGAGUCCAUAGACGUGAGGCAGAUUUACGACAAGUUCUCUGAGAAGAAAGGAGGCCUGAAAGAGCUUUACGAAAAAGGGCCACACAAUGCAUUCUUUCUUGUCAAGUUCUGGGUAAUGCCUUUCUUGUCUUUGUGUCUUUCCCAGGUGGUGUCCAACAGAGAAACUCAGGAGACUCUGCUGUGCAUCGCCUUUGUGUUUGAAGUGUCCACAAGCGAACAUGGAGCGCAGUACCAUGUUUAUCGACUAGUUAAUGACUAGCAGCAUGUUGUGUACAUGCAGAGACUCUUCACGGACGUUUUGAUACUCACACCAUAAACACUAUUUUCAGCUGAACACUCAGAAUUGCUUCUCCUCUAUUCUAAACACACUUGUUUCAAUAGACCAACCGUCACACUGUAGUCACGCCUGUUGUUUAUGGUUUCCCAUCGCUGGAACAUGUAUGAUGUAUGAUCAUUUAAGAGCUCUGCUUAAACCAAAAGAGCGGCAAACACAAAGGUCUUUUAUACAUUAGAUACGCCUUUUUUUCUAAUUGGAAAUUGAAAAAACCUUUUGAAGUGAAUCAAGUUUAAUAUGCAAUCGUUUGAUCAACAAUGGAAAACUGUGAUGCACUACAAGUGGAUAUAUGCAUUUGCAUUUCCAUCACAGGUGUGACUGAUGUGAGAUGAGUUUGAAUAUAAUCUAUGAAAACAAAUAUUCAUCGUUCAUGUAACCUGCCACAAACAUUACUUUUACAGACUGCAGUAGCUCUGCGAGGUACAGUUUGAAUGAGUCUACAUUGGAAUAGCCUCUGUUUCCUGUUUAGUAUGAAAUCGUGGACUUCAGUCAGCUCAAUCGAAGGUCCAAGGAUACUGCAUAAAGUAUAAGUGAGCCUCAUGUAAAGAAGAGCAUGUUGUAUUUAUAUUUGUGUGAAAGUGUAAAGAGGGAGAUCAUUUUAGGAGUAUUUUUUCCUCUUUUUAAAGGUUUCCAGUGGAGGACGUGUUUUCGACUGCCUCACUUGUUUUAAACAACAGAAGAAUUCAGACAGUUUCAGACUAAGUUCACGUUUUGCUCUUUGCAGCAUUUUUAACGACAGAAUCACCUUCAGUGUCCGUGGACGUGCAACUAUUUUUACGUUGACUGUGUGGGCUUGCUGCAGUACUUCUACCUCCAUGCGAGUUGGGAUAAGAAUGUGCUUUGAUUCUAAAGCCUUAAGCUGAGGAGCACUGAUGUAUAGGACACGUACACUACGCUUGUAAUGGUACUGUUGUUAAGCCAAACCUAAGGUAAAUAGUCCAUUUUUGUAAAGAUGAACUUUCUUUCUUUUUGUAUUUCACCAGCAAAGCAAAAAGUGUUACUCUAAACAUGUUAAAGGACGGGUGUUCGGGGUCUAUCUGUUUUCAUAUGCAAACAAUGGUAUGGUACAGACCUCAUUAAGGUCGCCAGCAGUGCACUGGGAUAGAUUUUGCCUGAUAACACUAACGACUAUCCAGCUGACACUUUUUUCUUUUAUUCUAUGUAAUGUGUUGGAUUAUUGGUACAUUUGGCUUUUCUCUUUCUUCCUUUAGUAAACCUCACAUUUUUUACUUCGUAUCACACUGUCAUGGCCUCUGUGCAGGAUUAUCUUUGUGUGGAAGAGAAUUUGUCAUUUGACUUUCUAUCAUGACACUAAGAGCUAGCUGGCUCUAUUUUUUCUUUUUUU